AUGAGCGCAUCUAGAGCAGGGCGGAGCGUCCUGAAAGCGGCCAAAGGGCCAACCCCUGGUCCAUCACGGGCCCCCAAAACCACAAAAGCGAGCCCGGCCACACGACCAACAAGCCCACCGCUCCCCAAGCGAGCAAACCCGCAUCUCCUGAAUCUCAGACACGACUCCACGGCAGACUCUGCUCGAAUGUCUCCCAGGGCAAUGACCAUACUAGGCGUCAGCGCCCUCGGCAUAAGCACCUACUGCGGCUAUCUCUACGCCUCGUACCACCGCGAAGUAAAGCAGGCCCAGUCACUAUCUGUCCCAGAAGACGUCUCUGACCGGUACAACCAUACCGCGCGGACGUUCGACGCAGACGUUGAGGUCUCGGAGAAGCUAAUGCGCAUGGGCGCGAAGCGCCGCGAUCUGGUCAAGCAGGCCAGAGGCAACGUAUUGGAGGUCAGUUGCGGUACUGGCCGAAAUCUGGAGUACUACGAGCUAGGUGAAAAGCGCGGAUUUGAUGAAAGGGGCGUGGCGAGUAUGCGAGGUUGUCGGUCCGUGACGUUUGUGGAUUUGAGUCCGGAGAUGGUUGCGAUAGCGCAGGCGAAGUUUGAGAAGCUUUAUCCAAGCUUUGCUGAGAGCAAGAGGGUUCAAUUCCGCGCACAGGAUGCGAGAGAUGUUCUUUCCCCGCCGUUGACGGAGACGGGCUCGGCGGCGACAUCCGAGUCACAAGGACAGGGGAAGGGGCAAGGGCAUUACGACACGAUUGUGCAAACAAUGGGCUUGUGCUCAAUGCCGGACCCUGCGGGGGCGCUGCGGCACCUUGGGACGAUCACGGAACCACAGCAUGGCCGUAUCCUAUUGCUCGAGCACGGCCGAUCGCAUUACGACUGGCUGAAUCGUGUUCUGGAUAAUCUCGCCCCUUCGCACGCGGACCGGCAUGGGUGCUGGUGGAAUCGUGAUAUCGGGCAGAUUAUUCGGGAUAGCGGCCUGGAGGUUGUCGAGGAGGAGCGCUACCAUUUUGGAACGACGUGGAGAUUUGUCUUGAGGCCGAAGCAGACGUAG